CCCGUGAGGUCGCGCUUUUGGCCCUUUGGGUGGGCUCGCCCCACGCAGGCCGUGGGCUCGCCCCACUCAUUGGCCGCGCUGAUAUUCGCCGCGCUGCUAUGGGCAACGAGGUCUCAUCCGCCGAAGAUCCGCACGAGCCAGUGACGCGUGCAGGCACCGUGCCAGUGGGUCUCCGAUGGCCGCACGGGGGCAAGACAGCAUAUGUCUGCGGCUCGUUUACGCAGUGGCAGAAAGUGCCGAUGCAGUGGCGACAGAGCAACUCGGGCGGUGAGUGGUUCAAGGUGGUGGAUCUGGCUCCCGGCAGCUACCAGUACAAGUUCAUUGUCGACGGCCAGUGGCGCCACGAUCACACCGCGCCUACGGUCCUCGACAACCUCGGAAACGUCAACAAUUGCGUCACGAUCCAGGCUUCCCCCGCGAGCGCAUCCAGCCCUGCCGCCGCCGCCGCCGCCACAUCGGCAGCCACCACCGCUGGCGGGAGUGGAGGCGCGGGCGGCGCUGGCGAGGCGCGUGGCUCUGUCUCCUGCCGUUCCUCCGACCCGUACAGCAUGGGCGUUCGCAGCGGCGGAGGCGGUUCGUCCUCGUAUGGCCAGAUUGUGCCUGCGCGGGAGGAGCUCCUCGUUCACCACUCUGCCUCGCUGCUGCUGCCUCCCCAGCUGCGGCUGCUGCUGCCGGCGCACCACGGGGACCACACAACCAUGCCGCUCUCGGUGCAGAUGCACCACGUCUUCUGCGCCCAAGGGCCCGAGGUAGCAGUCCUUUCGAUGGCGCACCGCUACAAGGACCGCUCCAUCACGCAGCUGCUCUACAAGCCCGUCCCGGGCUCCGGCCACCGCCGCCCGGCACGCCGCCCAGCCGAAGCGUCCGAGCCGGCAGCCACAACGGCAGCCGUGGCGAGCCUGCCGGGCGGCACGGCGCAGCAGCGCAGGUCUGGCGGCUCUUCAGCGGCGCUGCU